GGACCCGUUGCUGAGAAUUGGUUGCGGUGGCGGGAGUUGGUGGCGGCUCCUGGACAUCUGGUCCCCGUGUGGAGUUUUCGCUCAAAACAGCUCCUGGCUCAGGCCAAGAUGAGAAGCUGUUCAGAGUAGCUGCUGUCUCUGCGACACCUGGGCAUCCUGGGCAGCCCAGUUGGUCUGGACAGGCCCCUGCCAGUUGGCCUCUGCUGGCAGGAACCAUGGCAGAGGCCAGGGAUGCUGCACUGUCAGUGGCUGAGUGGCUGCGGGCUCUGCACUUGGAGCAGUACACUGGGCUCUUCGAGCAGCACGGGCUGGUGUGGGCCACUGAGUGUCAGGGCCUCAGUGAUACCCGCCUGAUGGACAUGGGCAUGCUUCUCCCUGGCCACCGCCGCCGCAUCCUGGCUGGACUGAGCCGGGCUCACACCCCUCCAGCUCCUGCACCCCGCUCUGCCCCACGGCCUGUGCCCAAGAAACGCCAUGUCUUCCGCUCUCUGCCUGUGCCUACCACUCUACCUGAGCCCCUACCUGCUGCUGGAGAGGAUGAAGGGCCGCUCACGGCCCCACCCAUCCCACCCCGGAGGAGCUGCCUUCCACCUACCUGCUUCACCGCCUCGUCCACAGCUGCACCAUCUACAGUGGCCCCCACCACAGCUGCUCCAGACCCUGUGCUCCCACCGCUGCCCGCCAAGCGGCAUUUGGCAGAGCCGAAUGUUCCACCUGUGCCCCCCCGCACCAUGCCCCCCCGCCUGCUGGUGACCUUUCCCUCCAAGGAGAAGUUAUUGCCACCACCACUAUCAUCCCCUCCCCAGCUAGACCCUGAGGAGCCCCUGUCCACUCUCCCCUCAGGGCCUCCCCAGACCCCAUCUCCACCUCCCUGCCCACCUGAGAUCCCUCCGAAGCCUCAACGCCCAUUCCCGGAAUUCGAUGACUCUGACUACUAUGAUCUCCCAGAGGAGGGGCCAGGGGCCCCCACCAGCGUGAUGAUCAAGAAGGAGGAGCAACCACUGAGCGUAGUCCCACGAGCCGUGCGUGUUGCCAGUCUGCUGAGCGAGGGGGAGGAGCUGUCUGGGGACGACCGAGAGGAUGAGGAUGAGGAUGAGGACGACCACGCCUAUGAGGGUGUCCCCAAUAGUGGAUGGCACACCAGCACCCUGAACUUGCCCUUGCCAAGCCUGAUUCCCGAACUCCCACCACACCCCAUGGAUGGGCUGCCUGGGGGCUCUACCCCCAUCACAUCUGUCAUCAAGGCAGGCUGGCUGGACAAGAACCCACCGCAGGGAUCGUAUAUCUAUCAGAAACGAUGGGUGAGACUAGAUGCUGAUUACCUGCGCUACUUCGACAGUAACAAGGAUGCCUACUCUAAGCGCUUUAUCUCUGUGGCCUGCAUCUCCCGUGUGGCUGUCAUUGGGGACCAGAAGUUUGAAGUGAUUACAAACAACCGGACCUUUGCCUUCCGGGCAGAGAGUGAUGCGGAGCGGAAUGCAUGGGUGCAGGCCCUGCAGCAGGCAGUGGCUGAGCAGCGUACCCGGGCCCGGCUGUCUAGUGCUUACCUGCUGGGAGUGCCAGGUUCAGAGCAGCCUGACCACGCUGGCAGCUUGGAGCUGCGUGGCUUCAAGAAUAAGCUGUAUGUGGCUGUGGUCGGCGACAAAGUACAACUCUACAAGAAUCUGGAGGAGUACCACCUGGGCAUUGGCAUCACCUUUGUGGACAUGAGUGUGGGCAAUGUGAAGGAAGUGGAUCGUCGAAGCUUUGACCUCACCACACCCUACCGCAUCUUCAGCUUCUCUGCAGACUCGGAGCUAGAGAAGGAGCAGUGGCUAGAGGCCAUGCAGGGAGCCAUCGCUGAGGCUCUGUCCACCUCAGAAGUGGCCGAGCGCAUCUGGGCUGCAGCCCCCAACAGGUCUUGUGCCGACUGUGGGGCUGCCCAGCCUGACUGGGCCUCCAUCAACCUCUGCGUCGUCAUCUGCAAGCGUUGUGCAGGAGAGCACCGUGGACUGGGUGCUGGCGUCUCUAAGGUGCGGAGCCUGAAGAUGGACAAGAAAGUGUGGACAGAAACACUCAUUGAGCUCUUCUUACAGCUGGGCAAUGGUGCUGGGAACCACUUCUGGGCAGCCAACGUGCCCCCCAGCGAGGCCCUGCAGCCCAACAGCAGCCCUGGCACCCGCCGGCACCAUCUGGAGGCCAAGUACCAAGAGGGCAAGUACCGUCGCUACCACCCGCUCUUUGGCAACCAGGAGGAGCUGGACAAGGCCCUGUGUGCUGCAGUCACCACCACAGACCUGGCUGAGACCCAGGCACUCCUGGGCUGUGGGGCUGGGAUCAACUGCUUCUCAGGGGACCCUGAGGCCCCCACGCCCCUGGCUCUCGCAGAGCAGGCAGGGCAGACACUGCAGAUGGAAUUUCUGCGGAACAACCGGACCACAGAAGUACCUCGGGUGGACUCGAUGAAGCCCCUGGAAAAGCACUACUCAGUCAUCCUGCCAACUGUGAGCCACAGUGGCUUCCUCUACAAGACGGCUUCUGCUGGCAAGCCACUGCAUGACCGCCGUGCUCGGGAAGAAUUCAGCCGACGAUGGUGUGUCCUUAGUGACGGGGUCCUGAGCUACUAUGAGAAUGAGCGGGCAGUGACCCCCAACGGGGAGAUUCGGGCCAGCGAGAUUGUGUGCCUGGCAGUGCCCCCUCCUGACACCCAUGGCUUUGAGCACACCUUUGAGGUAUACACAGAAGGAGAACGGCUGUACCUGUUUGGGCUGGAGAGUGCGGAGCUGGCUCACGAGUGGGUCAAGUGCAUUGCUAAGGCAUUUGUCUCUCCCCUGGCCGAGGAUCUGCUGGCCCGGGAUUUUGAGCGGCUUGGGCGCCUACCCUACAAAGCUGGCCUGAGCCUACAGCGGGCCCAGGAGGGCUGGUUUGCCCUUACUGGCUCUGAGCUCCGUGCCGUCUUCCCAGAGGGGCCCUGUGAAGAGCCACUGCAACUACGGAAACUACAGGAGCUUUCCGUCCAAGGGGACAGUGAGAACCAGGUGCUGGUGCUGGUGGAACGAAGGAGGACACUGUACAUCCAGGGGGAACGGAAGCUGGACUUCAUGGGUUGGCUAGGGGCCAUCCAGAAAGCAGCAGCCAGCUUGGGGGACACGCUAUCGGAGCAGCAGCUUGGGGACUCGGACAUCCCAGUGAUUGUGUUCCGCUGUGUGGACUACAUCACGCAGUGCGGCCUGACCUCGGAGGGUAUCUACCGCAAGUGUGGGCAGACCUCAAAGACACAGCGGCUGCUGGAGAGCCUGCGGCAGGACGCACGCUCCGUGCGCCUCAAGGAGGGCGAACAGCAUGUGGAUGAUGUCUCCUCAGCACUCAAGCGCUUCCUGCGCGACCUGCCCGAUGGGCUCUUCACUCGUGCCCAGCGCCUAGCCUGGCUGGAGGCCUCAGAGAUUGAGGAGGAGGAGGAGAAGGUCUCCAGGUACCGAGAGCUCCUUAUGCAUCUGCCCCGUGUCAACCGGGCCACAGUGAAGGCCCUUAUCGGCCACCUAUACUGUGUCCAGUGCUUCUCAGACACGAACCAGAUGAACACGCACAACCUGGCAAUUGUAUUUGGGCCCACGCUCUUCCAGACAGAUGGACAGGACUACAAGGCUGGCCGUGUGGUAGAAGACCUCAUUAGCCACUAUGUGGUGGUGUUUAGUGUAGAUGAGGAGGAGCUGAGGAAGCAGCGGGAGGAGAUCACUGCCAUUGUGAAGAUGCGAGUAGCUGGCACUGCCAGUGGGACUCAGCAUGCCGGUGACUUCAUCUGCACGGUGUACCUGGAAGAGAAGAAAGCAGAAACUGAGCAGCAUAUCAAGAUCCCAGCAUCCAUGACAGCUGAGGAGCUCACCCUGGAGAUCCUGGAUCGCCGGAAUGUGGGCAUCAGGGAGAAGGACUAUUGGACCUGCUUUGAGGUCAAUGAGAGAGAAGAGGCAGAGCGCCCCCUGCACUUUGCUGAGAAGGUGUUGCCCAUCCUGCAUGGGCUGGGCACAGACAGCCACCUAGUGGUGAAGAAGCACCAGUCCAUGGAGGCCAUGCUGCUGUACCUGGCCAGCCGUGUGGGCGACACCAAGCAUGGCAUGAUGAAGUUCCGUGAGGACCGCAGCCUCCUGGGCCUGGGCCUGCCCUCAGGUGGCUUCCACGAUCGCUACUUCAUCCUCAACAGUAGCUGCCUGCGGCUAUACAAGGAGGUCCGGAGCCAGAGGCCGUGGAGCGGGGCCCCUGAGACCAGUCACCGGCCUGAGAAGGAGUGGCCUGUCAAGAGUCUUAAAGUCUACCUGGGAGUGAAAAAGAAACUCCGGCCACCUACCUGCUGGGGCUUCACGGUGGUGCAUGAGACAGAGAAACAUGAGAAGCAGCAGUGGUACCUUUGCUGUGACACACAGAUGGAGCUCCGGGAGUGGUUUGCCACCUUCCUCUUUGUGCAGCAUGAUGGCCUGGUGUGGCCCUCUGAGCCCUCACGUGUGUCCCGGGCAGUGCCUGAGGUCCGGCUGGGCAGUGUGUCACUGAUCCCCCUGCGUGGUAGUGAAAAUGAAAUGCGCCGGAGUGUGGCUGCCUUCACUGCGGACCCCCUUUCUCUCCUCCGCAACGUCUGAGCACAGGAGCCCACCCUGGCUCUGGAACUCUGCCACUGGAAGCCUUCCUGCUCUGACACCACUCACGUUUCAAGGGCCUGGUGUGAGCCAGCAGGGGCUGCACAAGGAAGCUGCAUGGGCUGCAUCCUCCAUCCUGACUGCAACAUGGGGUUCCCUGGCUGGGGAUGGGGCAGCAGGGUCUGCCUGGGCUCAGGAACCCAUCCUGGCUAUGUCAGCAUUGCUGACCCUGAGUUUGUGAGGCUGGAGAAAUGGGCAUCUGUGAGCUCUGAGGACCACCAUCCUUUCAGAGGUUGAGGUUCUGGGGCCCCCGCUGGAAGGGAGCCCCCACAAUGAACUCUAGGAUAGAAAAAAGUGGGUGCUCUAUAAGAACACUCAUCUGGGGCAGGGAGGGAGCUCUGGGUAAGUUUCCACAGAGCUGAGAACUGGACUUUGGGGACUUCAGCUACCCUUCCAAUCUGGGCUGGCUGGGAGGGUCCAGGCUGCCAGAUGCCCCUUCCCCACUUAGGGGCUUUUUGAUAAUAUAAAUAUAUCUGUAUAUUUUA